AAACUUUGUUUCAAUAUUGCAAAGUUACAAAGUGACAAAUUAAAGAUCAGAGCCGAUUCGUUGUAAGGGGCUGAUUGUGAAAUUAAGCCAAACAAGGUACUAGGUUGCAGAAAAUGGUCAAAGCCUUUUCCCAAGUUUCCUUCUUUAACACUUUUCAAGGGCCCAAAUAGCCACACCGGAGAAAACAACACACGCUCUCUCUCUCUCUCUCCUCCCUCCCUCCCUCCCUCCCUCCCUCCCUCAUCGUCUCGAUCACCAACUCCUGUCGAUCAAUAUCUUGCAGAAGGAAAAAGAAAUCAAUUGAGUUAGCAACUGGUUUCAAAUUUUAUUUGGAAGUUAAAUGGAUCGAGGAAAGAAACCUACCACGUUCUUUGCAAACAGAAAUAACAAGAUUUACAUGGACCUCAAAGAUAUUAUUAGGGAGAAUACUCUUCGUUACCUUCCGGCUAAAUCUCUCCGUCGAUGCACUAGUGUUUGUCGGGAGUGGAAGCUUUAUAUCUCAACUCCUUUCUUUGCUCACAGCCAGUCGAAUUCUUUCCAUGAUUUGUCUGGCUUCUAUUGUCAAUCUCAUUCAUCCCAGCCAUCAUUUAUUUCCCUUGACCCAAUUGCAUAUGGGGUUCCAGACCCAUCUUUGAAGUUUUUGCCUGAACCAGUUGACAUUAGGUGUUCUUCCAAUGGACUUCUCUGCUGCCAGGGUCGGACUGGAUACAAAGCCUAUUACAUCUGCAAUCCUGUUAUCCAGCAGUGGAAGAAACUUCCUAAACCUGAUGCUAACCAUGGUUGUGACCCCGCCCUUGUGCUCGUCUUUGAGCCUUCAUUACUGAACUUUGUGGCUGACUACAAGCUCAUUUGUGCAUUUCAAUCUGAUCUGGAUGGAUAUGAAUUUGAUAUUUAUUCAUCUGCUGAAGGAUCUUGGAGAACUUCUGGUGAGAUUUGCUUUGGUAAUCGGCAGAUUGUUCCUAGUACAGGUGUUCAUGUUGAUGGCAUUGUUUAUUGGCAGUCAAGGAGUACAAUUGUUGCUUUUGAUCUGACGAGUGAGCGGUCAACUCUCAUUUAUUCCUAUUCAUCUGGUUCUCUGGGUAAGGUGAAUGGGAAGUUGUGUUCUGCUUCCAUACAAGGUUCAAAAUUAACAAUAGCAGAGCUGUCAAAUCCCUACACAAACACAAUGCAAAUGCAUAGCAAAACAAGAGCAUGGUCUGUGAAAAAUGUAACUUUAAACGAUUCAGUGUUUGCUGGUCAGACUGAUCAGAAAAGUGUAUUGUUUAUCGGUGGUAAAAUUGUGGUGAUACGAUUGGGGAGUACACUCAUUUCCUACGACACGAGGACGAAUGAUAUCAAACAAUUGGCAACUGAAGUUGAUUAUGAUCCAAGAAUGAUUCCCUAUGUGAAUAGCCUUGUUGAGGUAUAGUUUAGUCUCCCUAAGUUAAAAAUUUGACAUUGUGCAGUCAUUGCUGGGGGUCUUGGUUUGGAACUUUUCAAUCUUUAUAUUCAUCAGAACUUUAUCUUGGGGUUGUUUAUGACUUUCUAAUUUAAUAUCUACUUAUCCUUUCAGUGCCAA